AUGGUCCGGGUCGGUCAAUCAUGGGACAUGGACGAACCACAGAUUAAUAAUAAGGGAAAAGAGGUCGUACAGAACAUUGCAGAAAGUCUAGGCUGUAUAGUGUCCGCCGGAAGUGACGAAGGUGCCGCUCGGAACAUUGUCCCUGAAGAUGAAGAUGCGAUGAACGAACUGGCUCGUCGUCUUGGGGAACAAGAAGCCGUCCUUGGAUCCGAGGUGCGCGCAAAAGAACAAAUACUAGAGGACGAACAGUGCCCUGAGGGUCUUUGUACAGAUCCUGUUUCUGUCCCCCCCCUCGGCUUCAAUCACGAAGAUUAUAACGCCCCUCAAGUCGAACACGACAAGGACUCACUUGGCGAGUCAUCAACAAGUUCGGCGGUACCCAACACAGGUUUUGAGCCUACAUGUACCCGAGAUGGCGAUGAGUCAGAGCCGCAACUUUGCUCCCCUCAGUCUCUCCGUGAAGAUUCAGCAACUUAUAUUGAGAUACCAACCAACGACAGAGAACCUUUAUUCUCAGCAUUUUUCAAUCGCGGCCAGCCUUUUGUACGACCAGAUGUCGAAUGCCCCGUUUUGACAGCGGGCGGUGACCUUGAGCACAUCUCAAUGGAACGCUAUUCGGAUCAUGGCGUUCUGUGUCCGGACGUGUUGACUAUAUAUGAGAAUAGCCAGCUGUCGAAUAAUGAAGUUUCCGAGCCCAUCUUAGUUCCCUCAGUUAAGAACGAUACACUUUAA